AUGUUGUUUUAUUUUAAACGUUCAGUUCCGUCGGAGAUUCCAGCCCGAGGUCCCCGGGCGACAAAAGCCUACAACAGAGCCCUUCUGGAUGGAAAAGGUUACGUAAGAAGAGUGCCAGUCAUGAUAAUUGGGCAGGAACGAACAGGGAAAACCAGUCUAAAGAGGUCUUUGAAAGGGGAAUUUUUCAAUCCAAAUGAAGGAAGCACGAAAGGAAUAGAGACAGAUCCAUCCUAUUUUAAAGUCUCGACAGACGUUUGGAGGACAGGCAAGAAUAGCAAAGAUAGCGAAUCAGAGCCAACGUUUUCAUUUGAGCACCAGGCAGCCCAGUCGAUAGUUGAAAGCUUAAUGAAAAAAGAAACAAACACCCCUAAUGCUGAAGACUAUUCACGGAGCCCGAGCGACAGCGGGACCGAGUCGUCCAAUGUAAUGGAGAGCGCUAUGAGCGAUCAGUCUCCUCGAGACUUUAAACCAGACGAGAAAGCCAAAGCCGAUUCAGCAAAGGAACCUAGAGCUAAAGUGACGGAACCGACACUUCAAAACUCCCAAGAUCAUUUGCGUGUGCCAAAGCUGCCUGAAGAAAUAGUGACAUUGGUUCAGAGGCUGCUUAAACUGAAUAGCGAUGAAGACGACAUAUAUUCCGUCAUUUGGGAUUUUGGAGGACAGUCUGUUUACUAUGAUACCCAUCCAAUUUUUCUCACAAAAAAGGCCAUCUAUAUUUUGACCUGUAAUCUGAGUCAUGAUCCAUCACUGAAGGCUAACGCCCUUACGAGGAAAAGCGUGUCUGGGAAAAAAGAAGACACUUGCUGUAGCAAAACAAAUCUCGACUGUCUUAAUUUUUGGAUGUCAUCAGUCUAUUCUUUGGUUAGUCCAAAUACUAAUCGCCAGGAAACUCUGUCACCUGAAAUGUUACCUCCGGUGUUCUUGGUGUGUACACAUGCUGACAAGCCCUACCGUACUGAUGUGAACCCUGGAGAUCUCGCUAGUGAAAUCUAUGGUUCCCUAAAAGACAAAGUUUAUGGAAAACUUCUUAAAGGCCUUUUUGUUGUAGACAAUACCAAGUCAGGAAAUGGUGAUGAGUGUCAAGGUGUAAUUAAACUAAGACAAAAAGUACUUUCUUUUGCCAAGAUGCUUCCACAAGUAAACGAAGCCAUUCCACUGAAGUGGUUGAAGUAUGAAAAGGUACUCCAUCUCUUGAGCAAGGAGGGCUAUAAAUGGCUACCCAUUGAGAAAGCAAGACAGAUUGCUAAAGAAGAAUGUGGAAUUGACGACGAUGAGCAAUUUCGAACUCUUUUAAACUUUUUACACGAUCAGAGAGUUUUGAUCCAUUUUACUGAAUCACCAGAAUUGGAAAACAUGGUCAUUUUGAGCCCGCAGUGGCUCAUAGACGUGUUCAAGGAGGUUAUCACCGUUAAAAGUUGGCAGGACGUGGAUGAAAACUUUGAACAACUAUGGUGUAAUUUGGAGAAAAAUGGUAUCUUGGAUGAAAAGCUUUUAGAUCAUGCAUGGAGGGAUUUGCUGGAUAAGCAAGAACCACCCUACAAGAGUAGCCUCAUUUCAAUAAUGGAGAGAUUUCAUCUGCUUUGUCCAUGGCCAUCAGACGGAACCACCAAGCAGUACCUUGUACCAUCCAUGUUAAUGUCUCCCCCUACGGAGGAUGUCCUUGAGCAUCUUAAUUGUGUACGGAUUCCUUCACUUUUUGUUGUGUUCAAUUCAGAGAGAGUGCCCCCAGGCUUGUUCUCGCGAUUUGUCUUGCGGUUUCAUCGGUUUUGUCAAGAGGAAUGGAAGAGCGAGAUCAAUCCUGAAUUGUUCAAUAAUUUUGCUAUGUUUCACAUUAUUCCUGAUCGUGCAAUUUCCAUCGUCAUCAUGUUGUAUUCUUCGUCUAUCGAAAUCGUUUUUCACGAUGGAGGUGAUACGCGUGAUCUGAAUACAAGCCGAGCCAUUUACUCGCAGCUGAAAUGUCUUCUUGAAGACAUUCGUAAGGAUUCAUUCUGGUUAAAGCACAUGAAGUACGAAAUGUGCUUCUGCUGCCCUGUGUGUUCUCAAAAAGAUAGCAGAUGCCGUGCUCAUGAUGUGCGUGGUUGCGAGUGCUUGCACUGGUUGUCAGAGUUCGAGUUACGUUAUCGUCCGUAUUGCAACAAGCCUGGCAUUCGUGGAGAUCCUACAAUUAAUAUUAACACAUUUGAACACUGGUUUGAACUGUCAGAAGCCCAAGGAAGCAGGAUUCCACCCAGUCAGGUUGGUUCCUGAAAAAUUAGUUUCCUGAGACACGCUUGGCUUAUUUCAGUUGCAUAAAAUUACCAUUACUGUUUUUUUUUCGGAAUAACCUAAGAGUAUAAAUGCCGCUAAGAAUGUACACUGUAGCUUUACUUACUUUGUCAAAACAAAAGACUGAUCUGAUGUACUUAAGAUCUUAGACGUAGGUGGUGGUGAUUAUUAUUAUUAUUAUUAUUGUUGUUGUUGUUGUUGUUGUUAUUGUUGUUGUUGUUAUCCAUUUAGCUCUGAGCUCUGGCUGUUCUCAUUUCGACAUACAUCCCAAGGGAGCGAGUCAUAACAAAUAACCAAGGGUCCCCUGGGAACACUCUCUUGGUACUUAGAAGUCAAGAACCUUCCUUAAAAUAUAAAAUUCUGGCCGUCCCUAAUAGCGUAGUUUUCUGUAGCGGUCCAAUCCUAACCCUAAUCCCCAGUUUUUCAAUCCAUUUACCAAGUUUCUUAGUAACACUUCCAAGGGCCCCUACAAACACCGGUACUACACCCCCGUGUUUUAUACCCCACAUUCUUCUAAUCUCCCAUUUCAAAUCCUGAUAUUUUUCGAUUUUUUCAAAUUCCUUUUCAUGUAUCCUACUAUCUCCAGGAAUAGCUAUGUCCACACUUAUACGUUUUUUCUCCUUCUUGCGCAUUACGAUGAUGUCAGGUCUUCUUUCUUCAACAACGUUAACACAUUGGAUGUUCAUAUCCCAAAGCAGCUUUACUUCACCAUCUCCACGAAACCUCCUGGUACAUGUUCAUACCAUUUUCCCUUUCUUUCAAGCUGGUGUCACUCACGCAAGUUCCAAUGUAUAAUCCUCGCCACAUCGUAUCGUCUGUUAUAUUCCUUCUGGGCCAACAUUUUACACUCACUUAGUAGAUGACACACAUUCUCACCUUUUCACCGCACAUUCUACAUAACGGUGACUCAGGAGUCCGAUCAAUUUGAUGUUUCACGUAAUUAGUCCUGAGAGCCUGUUCCUUUACUGCACAGAUUAUUAUUUUUAUUAUUAUUAUUAUUAUUAUUAUUAUUAUUAUGGCGAUAACAAUAGUAAUGUAAAAGUGAUGAGGAUAAAAAAAAUUUGCAGUGCGUAGUUUGCGUAUACUUAAAUAUGCUCAAAUGGGUUUUUAAAGGGUAAAACAAGUAAGUUAAUACAGUGGAACCUCUCCUUUGGGACACCUCCAUUUAGGGAACACAAAAUUCCCGGAAAAUUGUUCACAUAAUCUUUGUAUUUGUUACCGUUAUUGAAGAGACACCUCUUUUCGAGGGAAAGGGACACUUUUUGUGGGUCCCGAAACUAGGCUUUAACCUCCAUUCAGGGGACACCUUAGCAAUCCAAAAGUGACUGACCACAAAAAUCGUCGAUAAGUUUAAAUGUUCAAAAUGGCAAAAGAUUUCAAAACAUGAAUUAACUCACUUAAAUCGAUUUACUGCACUGGUGGGAAUUCAAAACACAACAUCGCAGAGAUAAGUUAAUUAUGAUGUUUAAUACAUUAUCGGCUAGCUGCUUGAAAUAAUGACUGCAGUAGAUUGCGUAGCCUGUGAGAGCAGACGCCUUUUUCGACUGUAACGAAAGUGUUUUAUUUGUUGGUUAAUUAUUAACAAACUCCAUUCAGAUUACCCCCUCUAUUCAGGGGACACUUAGCGAGGGUGUUCCCUGAAUAGAUGUUCCACUGUAUUUGAAAACGAUAGACAGCCGGAGAAGGGGAAACAUCUAAGAUCAUUGUUUGGAAUUUGAUAGAGGCUUGACUGGAGGUGCAUUCCCGAAGCCAUAAUUCGUAGUUCUUAUGAAUUGAAGUCAUUUUCUUUAUUUGUAUCUUUACAGCAGCAAGAUAUGACUCCACUUGACAACAACGGAGAGCACCACAUAACUCCAAAGGAAGGUAAGCCCAUUUAUUGUUGUUGCUUCUGUUGUUGUUGAUAUCAUGGUACACAGUGUACAGGUGUCGUCGAAAACAAGCCGAUGUAGUGUUGAAGGAAAAAUGCGGCUAGUUAGAAAUUAUUUAACUUAAAAAAAAAACCCGCAUACUAGUAUUCGAGUAGUUUUUUCCCGCGGGAUUUACGGUGUAGCUCUGAUGCCAAAUGAAUUUACGGUUUGUAGCCAUCUUGGACUGUCUGGCUGGCACAUUUCACCUCGAUCCCAUUUAUUUCAGUUCCCUUUCAUAAAAAAUGCUGCAUUCUAAGAUAAUCAGAUAUCCUGGUAUUAUGUCAACAACAUGUUCGGCACGCUGUAUUUUAGAUAAGCCACAUCAGCUUAUGACUGAGGGUUAACAUUAACCUCUGCAAUCUGUUUUGUAUUAUUUUGUGUUUUUAAGGUUUCUUGUCAUUCAUUUUUAGCGUGGAGUUUUGAUUGUAGUUAGUGAAUCAAAAAGCAAAAGAAUAUGGAAACAUUUACUUCCCUCUCCCUUUGCCUCAUCACCCCUCCCUGUCGAAUGCACUCCCAUGAUUUGCAUUUAUUUAUUUCUUUAUUUAUUUACGUGCGAGACUUUUACAAAGCAAAAACAAAAACAAUGGCGAGAGUUUAAGUAUGCCUUGGCUAAAUCUUACGACGUUAAUUCUUUCAAUCUGCCCCAAGUGCUACGCAGCACGUAAUGUUGUGACAACGGUCUUAGCGGAAGUUGCGACUGUUUAACACCCCUUUCGACAUUGUUGCAAGAUACUGGGAAGAGUUUAAAGCCGUUUGAAUUUCGUCAUAACCGGAGAGUAGGCCGAGUUUUGGCAGCUUUUUUUUUGUUCCCUGGCAUUUUUUUUACUGAGCAAAACGAAAAUGGAGUCUGAACUCAACUAAACUUUGUCACAAAAUUGCCGUAACGUUUUUUGUCUCCAAAUGUUGAAACCGUUCGAUGUGAAGUAUCUUUCGUAACUAUUGUUCUACUCGUCCAUGCGCAAUGUAGUUAAUAAAGAUGUUUUUUCAACAAACGCGACUAUUUAUUUAUACAAUUUUGACUGUUUAGUAACAACAUUAUCGUAAAUCAUUCUAACAAUACUCAUUGUUUUUUUUUUGUCUGUUUGUUUGUUUUUUUUUUUUACAGAAACUGCAUCGGAAAGAUCUGCCUCUGAUCCACCAGAAGUCAUCAUUAAUCAGCUUAGGAAUCCGGAUCUUCCGAAGAAAGCGACACAUCUUGAUUCCCGACGCCUACCCGUGGACAUUUUGUUACUGACAGUCGAGGACUGUGAAUUUCUAAGCUGUCUGUCAUAUCUGAAUCCCGGUUUUUGUAGGAAUUUUCACAGAGAUCUUGGUUACGUGUACCUCGGAGAUAUGGGAAAAGAUGAAAGGAAGCUAAACGUUGCUGUAAUGAACUGCUACAAGGGUUCCGCCUCUGCAGGGGGAUCCAUGGUUGUUGUAUUAAACGCUGUGAAAGUCUUGAGGCCCAAAGCAGUUUUUUGUGUGGGUUCCUGUAGGAGCUUAGACUGUAAUAAAGUUAAACUUGGAGACGUAGUAGUUUUAGAGAAGUUAAUAACAUAUGGCCCGUGCAAAAUCACAGAGAAUGGCAUUGAAGAACGCGGAGUUAAAGUUCCAUUGAAGUCCGGUUUUUUGAAGGUGAUGUUAAGGGCUGGUGACGGCUGGCAGCCACCUUUGAAAGAUUUAAACGCACGCGAAGUGGAGAUACAUCGUGGCGCGUUUCUGAGUGGACCUGAGGAAGUUAUUGAUAGAAAACGAUGUGAAGCACUCAUCGAAAGAUUUCCAGAAGUGGUCGCUAUAGAAAGAGAAGGUGAAGGUAAGCGAGUUUCGCCAGUUCGUAUUUUAACAGAGUGUUCAAGAACUCGGUUAGUAAAAUGAAAUUGUGUACGACCUUGGAAUUAAUUCCUUGUUAGAGACCUUUAGUUAAGGUGGCUCGACCCAGUUUUUUUGUGGCGAAACCGUCCAUCUUUGUAUCUCGCAUACAUCCCAGCCUUCAUAAAAAUCCUGUUUUUCCUAUUUAUUUUAUAGGAUCCUAUAAAAGUCCUAUAAUUGACCAAAAACUUCCUACAAUUACUGUUUAAGUUAGCCUGAGAGCAGGCACUCCGGGGCGCUCUGGCUGCGGGACGGGAAAAGGGAAGGAGUGCUUGCCACUACGUCUCUGGAUUUUGAAUUCCACCUCCAAUUCCCCUGUCGUGUGACUCCCCGUCGGCUGAGCUGUCAGAUUUCCGCCAAUCAGCGCGAAGCGGAAACAAGCCCGAGUUUAGCAUCAAUGCAUUUCCUCAAAUUUUCAGCGUGGCUCGGGGGAAUACACGGCAGACCCACAUACCUUGUCUCUCAGUUUUAACAGCACCCUGCUUUAUUAUUCAGCCAGUUCUAGUAAAGUUAAGGUCUCGGCACCCUCGAUAGCAGUUCUCGCCCCACCCUCGAGCUCCUCCCCGCAGCGAUGGGGCAUACCUCGUAUUCUCUCCUGGUCCACCGACUCGCAAGCCUCGGGACGAUUCUCCCAUAUCUUAUGCAUUUAGGCUCAUUUGGCUUUGUGUGGGGUGUUCCGGGUGAGAAUAUAUUACUGCUUCAUUUACGACUAAUCUCUAUUUUAAGGCGUGUUUGCUGCAGCUCACGACCUCGACAUUGAGUGGAUCGUCAUUAAAGGGAUUUCGGAUUAUGCGGGUGGCACCAAAUCUAUGGAGACGUCUUGGAGGCCAUUUGCAAGUUUAAUGGCAGCUUCAGUAACAGCUCAUAUUCUCAGCGACGCCAUCAUUUUUCAAGACUGGCCUCACUUUGAGAACACAAGUGAGUAUACUGAAUAGUUAGAAUGCGUUCGUUACCAGCGCAUUUUUCUUCUUGUUUACUCUUUGUGAUCGUUCUUUCCGUGGUCCCACCAGUGAAGCUCUUAUCUUAUUUCUAGCCAGUGUAAACCCUAUUUGAAAAUUCAGCCUGGCCUAAAAUAUGCUCUUGUAUGCCGGCGCCUGUGUUUAAAACUAGCUAAAAUACUGACAGUUCUGACUCACUAAAACUCUCUUUAUGUAAUCACACUCGUCUUUUUAAAAGGAUUUUUACCGGAAGCGGAGCUUAAAAUCUUAGGCUGGCUAACCAGGAUGCAGUUCUUUAUGUAAUCGGCGCUUUAAGGUGAUAUUUCCUUUUCCGAUAUGUAGGUGUUGAGAAAUGCAGAAACUGCGAAUCACGCAUCAAGAGGGACAGCCAGAUACCUUGGGGUAAAUAUAAAGGCAAUAAAUUUGUUGUCAUUUCUCUGAUUCGUUGGUACUUUGAAAAGCCUGUUAAACAGUCUCCUUCGUAAAUAGUGAUAGAAAAGGCAAUUAACUCAGAAGUAGAAAGCCAAGUGCUAGAGAUGACC